GAAGUGCAACAACAAAGAGGAACCUGUGACAAAUGCACUUUAGCCAUUUGUUUGUUGAGAACUGCACAAGAAAUCAGAAAAAGAAAAUCUAAAGCUAUCAGAAGUGCGGAGAUGACUUUGGUUAUCGUUCUAUUUCUUCUCCUGGGAUUAUGGGAGACUGAAGCUGUAUCAGUGGAAGGAAAGGUGGGAAAAGAGGUCACAAUAAAAUGCUCUCAUUCUGGCGCCAUCUCCAAUGUCAAAUAUUUCUGCAAGGAAACAUGCGAAAAUGAAGACAUCCUGAUAACUAGCAGAAAGACGAACGGGGAUGAUGCAAAUGGGAAAUACAGUAUUAAAGAUAAAGGGAACACAUUCACCGUGACCAUCUCUGAUCUGACAGAGGAUGACUCGGGAACUUACUGGUGUGGAAUAGACAGAUUUGGUUUCGACACAUAUAAUGAAAUAGUUCUUACAGUUAAAAAGGAAGACACUAAGGAUCGUGAAAGAACCUUCCGACGAUCAAAUUUAGAUGAGGCUAUUCAUACAAAUUCUUCAUCCCCUGACAAACUGGUGUAUAUCGGAGCAGGUCUCGGUGUGGUUGUUCUGGCUCUGGCCGUGGUCCUUUUGAUAUUCUUCAGAAAUCGGAAGAGACACAUCAGCACAUCUUCUGGAAAGCACCAGGACACUGUCUAUGCUACACCAUCCAUUCAGAAACAAGAUGCACUCCAUGAAACCACCAGUUACUCAGCCAAAGAGGAUCAAGAAACAGAUGGCAGCAUUGUCUCCUCUUCAUCCAAUCAACACCAAGAUGCCAGCAGAGAUCACACAGACAAUAUUUACUCCAACAUCACAGUUUCGUCAGAGCCCGAGAUCCAACCAGACGACCUCUUUUACUCCACCGUCAGCUUUAACGAACACACAGACUUCAGCAAUGCCAUUCCUCGUACUGCAACCAUCACAUACUCGUCCCUUAAACACACAUCUACAGAUGAAUGUACAGUUUACUGCAAUAGGCAGCAGGUGUGGAAUAAAACAGGGCAGUCAGAGAAGAAAAACUGGACGAACUUUCACACUGAGACAAUGAGGAUGACGUUGAAAGUCUUCAUCUGCAUAAUGACAGUGAGUGUGAAUUUAUUACCUGUGAUGGGAAAAGAAGGAGGACCUGACAACUUCAACUGUGAAAACACACCAGAGACCAUCUCUGCACUUCCAGGGGGUUCUGUCACCAUCACCUGCAAGUAUCCAAGAACAACAAAAAGCCACAUCAGAUUGUUCUACAAGGAGGAUGGACAUAAUCUAAUAUCAUCUCACUUGUCAAAAUACACAAAACUAGGCAGGUUUUCUCUGACAGACGAUAAACAGAAAGGAGUCUACACUGUGAGUGUUUCCUCACUGACCAAGAAUGACACCGGAAAAUAUCGGUGUGCUUUGAGACAUGUUGAAGACAACUCCUCUGCAUGUUUAACUGAGAUCCACCUCCAUGUUUGGAACUGGGAUGACAUUAAACCUGUGAGAAACAUCAGUCAUGUUACCUCAGAGACAGCACAGAUUGAAUGCUACUAUCCUGAAAGCCACCAGGGUAAUGAAAAAUUCCUGUGCAAAGGGGAGAAUCCUUUAAACUGUGAGGAGUUAAUACAAACAACAGAGCAAGAUAGAUACGUAGUUAGAGACAGGUUUGAUAUAAGGGAUAAUCAAAGAAUUAAGUACUUCUACGUGAACAUUAAACAUCUGAGUGAAGCCGACUCUGGAACAUACUGGUGUGGCUCUGGAAGAACAAUGCAGCAUGAUGACUACACCAGAAUACAUCUGUCUGUGGUAAAAGGCAAAAGAUCCAAGAAGUUAGACUCUCCACAUCUGCAGGGAAAAACAACAGAACCAGGACCAACAACAAUCAAACACAAACUCAGACAGGAUGAUGGAAAGAUCCCAACAAAUAAAGCAAACAAACAUGACAUGAGCCUGAUUAUUGGCGUUAGUGUGUCUCUGGUGUUAUUAUUAGCGGUGGCUGUUGCUUUAUUGAUAUUGUACAGAUGCAAACUCCUCAGAGCACAAGGAGGAUCAUCUGAGCAGAGGACGAACGCUGUACAUAACUCUGAGGGAAAUAAUGAAGAUCACAACUACGAAGAGAUACAUUUGGAGAGCCAGGUGGAUUGCUCACCGGUGACUCUUUAUGCGACUGUCAAUCUUCCUGAAGACCUGCUCCACUACUCCAGCGUCACUUUCCAGGAGGAUGAAAACUCACAUUCUGAAACAAAUACAAACAGCACAGCUCCGGGUGCCACCCAUCCUCCAGCAGCAGAGCAAACUCUCUAUUCUACAAUAAGAGAGUUCAACGAGGAACGAUAAUAUGAUCAGUUCUUUAAUGUGUAUUUGUAGGAGAUUCUAUUUUUGUUUUUUUGUGUUUUGUGUGUGUAUAUAAAUACUGGACAGCGCUUUGGUUAAAUUUGCAACAAAAUCUAUUGUUUGGCUCAAUGUAGAGUUUAUUAGUUGCUAAGUUAAUAUUUUCUGUGGUUGAAUAGCUCAUAAUAUCACAUGUGCAUCAAUGCAAACGUGCUCAAAAUAUAAUACUUAACAUCUUGUUUAGCAAGCUAUUACUCUCUUAAGUCAGUCAUUCUCUGUAAAAAUGGAGUUGCUAGAUAGGUUUGUUUCUCUGCUAAAGUCACGACAAAAGGAACGCACACAAAAUAAUCACUGUAAAGGAUAUACCUGGUUACUGGCUUCAUUUUAUGUGUUGAAUGAUUUUUUAACUUAUCAUGUAGCUUUAAAGAUUUAAUAAACUUCA